AUGGUGGUGGACACAUGGUUGGGUCCCAUCUUCUGCAAUACUCUUCCCCUCUCCUUCCCAACUUCCGCAAGAAUCCUCUCCUCGUGCUUUUCUUCUUCGUCUUCAAUGGCGAACUCCCCAACACACCAUCGCUUCCAUAAUCAUCGCCGCUGUUACUCAAACCCUAAUCCUCCGCAGCCUCAGCCCGCCUUGCUCGUCUUCUCCGGAGGCACCGCCUUCAACGGCGUCGUCGAAGAGCUCAAGAAUUUCACCACUCGUGUCGCUCACGUUCUUCCCGUUUCCGACGAUGGUGGAAGUACUGCCGAGAUUGUUCGCGUUCUCGGUGGUCCUGCUGUUGGAGACAUACGUUCCAGGUGUCUGAGGUUGUCUGAUCAAAGCACCGUUGAGGCCCUCGCGGUUCGGAAUUUGCUUGGGCAUCGUCUACCACUGGAUCCACUGCAAGCUAAAUCAGAAUGGUACUCUAUUGUGGAAGGUGAUCACAUUUUAUGGAAAGAUGUGUCAAAGCCCUACAGGGAGACUAUUCGAGCUUUUCUAGUUUAUUUUCAGAAUCAGAUUCUCCGUCGGGCAGAAGAGUCAUUUUGUUUCAGCAACGGCAGCAUUGGGAAUUUCUUUUUUGCAGGCGCACGCAUAUUUUUUCAGUCCUUGGAUGCUGCAAUAUUUUUAUUUUCACGGGUUUCAGAUAUUCCCCCUGAAAGCCUGGUUCUACCUGUGAUUUCAACCAAUGACAGACUUACAUUAGGGUGUGAAUUAUGGGAUGGAACUAUUAUACGGGGACAGAAUGAAAUUUCUCAUCCAACCAGAGGAAUAAUGGAGCUUAUUAAGAAGGGAAGCUUUUCAGCUCCAGCACUUCCUUCAAAAAUAAAACGGGUGUUCUACAUGUCUAGCGAGGGACAAAAUUUGCUCCAUGAGGUCUUUCCCUCGGCUAAUGCGACUGUAUUAGAGUGGUUAAAUAAUGUGGACUGCAUUGUGUAUGGCAUGGGCUCCCUUUUUACUUCAAUAUGCCCCUCACUGGUGUUACGGGGAAUUGGGGAGAUCAUUUCUUCAAGGUCCUGCCUCAAGGUACUUAUGUUAAAUGGCUCACAGGAUCGGGAAACUAAUGGAUUUUCAGCUUCUUGUUUUGUAACUGCCAUUAUGGAUGCUCUGAAUCGAACAUAUGGAGAACCUAGCAAUCGCUUAAAGAAUCUUCCAAAUCACUAUAUAAAUACCCUUCUGGUGCCGAGAGAUGGUGAGAUUCCAGUUGAUAUCGACAGUUUGGCUGCCCAAGGAAUACAUGACGUGAUAGUUGUUGACUCCCUCCGAGAUCCUAAAGUGGGUAUAAUUUAUGACCCGACUUCACUGAUAGGAUCUCUGGCUGACUUAAUAGACAGGUACAUGAAGUCGCAAGUUAAUAGCUUAAUUGAUACCAGUAGAUGA